AAAAUAGAUCCCUGUAAAGAAUUAUUCAGUUGCAAUUAAUUACAUUACAAUUUUUCUGAUAAAGAAACUGGGUCUCAGGCCAGGAGUGGUGGCUCACACCUGUAAUCCCAGCACUUUGAGAGGCCGUGGUGGAUGGAUCAGUUGAGUCCAGGAGUUCAAGACCAGCCUGGGCAACACAGCAAAACCCUGUCUUUACAAAAAAUACAAAAAAUUAACCCUGGCUUGGUAGUGCACUACAGACUACUGCUAUAGUCCCAGCUACUCAGGAGGCUGACAUGGGAGGAUCAUUUGAGCCCAGGAGGUGGAGGUUACAAUGAACCAAGAUCUGGGUGACAGAGUGAUGAGAUCCUGUUCCCAAAAAAUAAAUAAAAAAUAAAAGAAAAAGAAUGAAAGAAAGAGAAGGAAGGAAGGAAGGAAGAAAGAAGAAACUAGGUCUCAGAAUUUGGUUCCCAUGUUGGUAUUCACACUUAUCAUCCAUAGGGACCGUUCAUAGCCUACUACUGUCCUCCUGCCUAAUGCCCACCCCCCAUACUUCCUCUAGCCCUCCCAGCUCCUGAGAGCACCACUCCUGGGAGAGGAAGGGAUAUUUACUAUUCCCUCCUAAAUAUCAUUCUAGAAGAGUGCGGUUGAACAGAACUUUGUGCACUGACAGGAAUGUUCUACAACUGCUCUGUCCAAUACAGCAGUCCCUAGCUUCGUGUGGCUAUUGAACAUUUGAAAUAUGGUGCAUACUAAUGAGGAACUGAAUUUUAAGUUUUAUUUAAUUAAUUUAGAUUUAAAUUUAAAUAUCAACAUGCCACUAGUGGCUACCGUAUGGGACAAUACAGUUCUGCAGUCUUCAAAGCUCAAAAACCCUGAGGGUCUAGUCAAUCAUUCGUCACUCCCAGCUCCUUUCCCUCCAGCACCUCCACCUCCCCUGAGCCAAGGCACUGGGGGCCACGAGACCUUGAGGGUUUUGAGGGACCUCCUCUGAGUUGCCACCACGGAGGUGUCUAUCCUCACUGAACCUGCGGGGGCCGGAUGUCCUCUCUCCCUUCCUCUUGCCCUCGGCCGCCAGGGGCCGCUGCGUCUCGGCUGUGCCCAUCCGUUCAGCCGAGCGCCUGGCACUGUCCCGAAGGAGGCGGCGGCGCCCACGCGGGGCUGGAGGAGCGGUGGUAGCCCGGGGCGAGGCGGCGGUUGCGGCGGCGGCUGCACGCUCCCCGGCCUGCCGGCAGGAACCUUGGAAAAAACCCGGCUGAAUUCUGCAGAGCUGGCGGGGCCGGGCCCGGAGCUCCCCUGUGCCCAGAGCCGGGCCCGCCCUGCGGAUGAUGCCAACCUGACCAGAACCCCGCUGUCCCGGGGGCGCAGCAACUUGGUGAAGGGGACAGGGCUCCGGACUAGACAGCGUCCAAGCUGGCCGCUCCCUCCCAAAGUCUGUCUUUGGGAGUGUUGGUCCCUGGCUCAGUGGCAAGGAAGACUUCAGGCCAGCAGAUUGAACCAGUGGGCACCACCGUGGACCAGGUGGAGUGAGUCUGAAGACAGCAGAUGAACAGACAGAAACUGAAAAAUCCCCAAAAAGGAUGAGUGAGAGGGCCGCGCGGAACUGGAGCAUGGGCGGCUGGCUGCUGGCACUGUGCCUGGCCUGGCUGUGGACCCGGCUGACCUUGGCUGCCUUGCAGCCUCCCACUGCCACAGUGCUUGUGCAGCAGGGCACCUGCGAGGUGAUUGCAGCUCACCGCUGCUGCAACCGGAACCGCAUCGAGGAGCGCUCCCAGACCGUGAAAUGCUCCUGUUUUUCUGGCCAGGUGGCCGGCACCACGCGGGCAAAGCCCUCCUGCGUGGACGACCUGCUCUUGGCUGCCCACUGUGCUCGUAGAGACCCUAGCGCUGCGCUCCGCCUCCUGCUCCCACAGCCUCCAUCGUCCUGCAGAGAUGGUGGUGUCAGAUGGAGCCCUGCCUGCCCGGGGAGGAAUGUAAGGUGCUCCCGGACCUAUCGGGAUGGAGCUGCAGCAGUGGACACAAAGUCAAAACCACCAAGGUCACACGAUAGCUCUUGGGGGUCAUCGCCUGGACAAGAAAGGCUUGAUUGAGCCAUGAACUGAAGAAUGGUAUCCAGUUAUCAGCCAGGAAAGAUGGGGAUUCACUUACAAGCCUCAUGUCAAAUGCAGCAUCAGUCUUUCCGGGGCAUUUCAGUUAAGCUGCUCAGCAGAUAUGGAUGGAUCUGCAAUCACAUACCUAGUGUGGAGCUGGGCUUUUCUGGAGACACGAAGGUCAACACACAAUCCCUGCCCUUAAGGAAUGUCCAGUUGAAUUGGAGAGUUGAUGACAGACAAUUUAGAUAAUUUAGGUUAAAGUACUUGAUACCAGACUGUGGCUUCUGGGCCACAUGCUAUGGCAUGAUGGGGGUUUGGGAAUGAGAUUCCCACAGUUCUUGAGCUAUCCCAUGGCCACAGGGCAUAGAGACAAGAGGUCACAUUCAGCACUCACCACCUCCCUCUUUCACAUCAGUUCUGAAUCCCCAGCAAGCUGCUAACAUGUUGCAGGAAAACACUCUCCCCUUAUCCCAGACCAGUAGUAUCUCAUUUGGAUGGGAUUGGAUUGACUUGCAGAAGGAAAGUAAAAAUAAAGCCAAAUAACUUCCCAGCAAAUCUUUGGCACAGGUAUGGGCCAUUCACUGGGUAUGGGAUGGACAGGACUUUAAAGUCAUCUCCAUCCAAGCACCUCAGGUUUUUGUUUGUUUGCUUAUUUUAACAGAUGAGGAAGCAGCCCCAGAGAGGUGAGGCAGUUUGCCCAAGAUCUCAUAGUCUGGGCUCCCAAACCUUUAAGACUGAUGACUUUCCACUAGCCUGAAUAAUAGGAUUCCAACGUAGGCCUCCCAUGUUAAUUUUAUGUCAAGUUACUGGAACCAGCAAAGUACAGGCUGGACAGCAGCAACGUUUUUCUUGGGAGAUGCUACAGCAGGGACUUUUACUAAGGUCACUGUUCUCCUGUCUGAAAUAAUCCAGAAUAUCCACACACCGGGAUGUGGGACCAUCUGGUCUCCACUCUACUCUCAUCCUCCAAAUCUCAAGCAGGCCUUAUGACACCCAGAGGUCACUCAACCCAGUUACAGCUGGGGCUCAGCUGGCAUCUCCAUUGCCCACUCUGACCCAUCUCUUCUGGGGUCUUUGGGCUAUAAUUCUCAGAAGGUCUGGCUCCAGGAGAAAUUCUGGGUGGGAUGUAGAACUGGUUAGAGUCUUCUCUUUUCAAAGGCCCCUGCUGGGCAGCAGGGGUGGAAGGCUAGAGCCUCUGUUUAGAAUUAAAGGUCAGUGCAGUCAGGCUGACACUAGAUGGCUCAGGGAUGACACAUAGGCUUCAGGGACUCAGAGGCAUGGGCUACUUAGAUAUCUCAUCAGUAAGAGAAUUGCAGCUUCUGAGACUGUGGGCGUUGAGAUCACCAAGGCCUUAGGGAGGGGGGCGUCAGCAGAGACCCACCUGGACGAUGCUGAAUUCUGACCCUCAGAGAGAUAAAUCAGAUGAUAGUUUGUGGCUGAGUCUCAGCUUCUCCCUCCCUCCCUGCGCAGUAGAACCAAGACUGAUAUUCCCCGUUUCUCACCCUACUCCAGUUUAUUUUCUUGUUUUUGACAAUGGGGUGAACAAUGGU